CUGUGGGCUGAGAAGUUGAUGCUUCCGUUGGUUCCUGACUGUGAGUAGAGAGAUUGAAGGGGCUGGGCCCACAGUGGAGAAAUGGCGAGAAUGGUUACCGAGAACGGCUGUGGAGUGGAAACACAGAACCCAGAGCCGCAGGGACCGGGUCGGGGUUCGGCCAGAUGGGGUCCACAACACGCCGGUGCCCAAGAACUGGCCAAUUUAUACUCACCAGGCAAAAGAUGUCAAGAAUGGAUAAGUGUUAUCCUCUGCUUCUCUCUCAUGGCCUUCAACUUCAUUCACCUACUUGCCAAUUUCCAUCUGGGACAUAUAUGGUACAUCCUGUUAAGCAUUGUGUCAGGAAUACUCACCGCAGACUUUGCGUCUGGAAUUGUUCACUGGGGGGCUGAUACGUGGGGAUCAGUGGAUCUACCCAUCUUUGGAAAGGCCUUUAUACGACCAUUUAGAGAGCACCACAUCGACCCCACAGCCAUCACCCGUCACGAUUUCAUUGAGACCAACGGUGACAACUGCAUGCUGACCAUAGUCCCUCUAGCAAACAUGGCCUUCAACUUCCUAACCCUCUCCCCUGCGGAGAUUUACCAAAUCUACCCCUGGUACUGCUACUUGUUUGCACUAGCCAUCUUUGUGACCCUUACCAACCAGAUUCACAAGUGGUCGCACACGUACUUCGGCCUGCCUCGCUGGGUGGUGUUCCUGCAGGACUGCCACAUCAUCCUUCCCCGCAAGCACCACCGCAUCCAUCACGUCUCCCCUCAUGAGACGUACUUCUGCAUCACUACAGGAUGGCUGAACUACCCUCUGGAGAAGCUGGGUUUCUGGAGGAACCUGGAGGAUCUUAUCCAGGGUGUGACGGGAGAGAAGCCCAGGGCGGAUGACCUGAAAUGGGCUCACAAAGUCAAGUAACGCUGCAGGCUAACUGCACCCUACCUCAGAAGAUGCUGGCUCCGUCCAGGCUUCUCAUCCCCUUAUUUGCCUCACUUAAACUGUAAUCCAUAGGAUGAAAAACUAACAAACAAUUUCUGAUGCCAUAGCUUUAAGUCUUGCACAUUUUGUCUGUUUUUCAAGAGGAGGGCUUUGUUGAUGGAUUUUUUUCAUAACUCACUUAUGGAGAUCAUCAUUUCAAAUUGCAAUAUAUCCUUAACUCUUCGUAUGUCAAACACAACUCAUCACUUUUUUGAGGUGAUUUACAAAUGCUUUUGCUAAGAAGGUAUGUCAGGUACACAAUUUGAAAUCGCUUUCCAAGGAGAUUAAAAGAUUUCCGUCACGUCAGAAAAGUCAAACAAUCCCGAGAAAGAAUACUUCAAAGAGUGAACACUCACUUUUUUUCUGCUCCAGAGCCACAACUGUUCAUUUGGAGAGUCAAUAAAUCACAUUAUAUUUAGCACUGCUAUAUUUUCUCUGGAUCAGUCUUUGCAUCUCCACCUUUUCAAGGGUCUACUUGAUGUGCAAGUAAUAAAAUUGGAUUAAGGCCAUGGUAAGUGGUAGGGAUGGGGUGAUUUUUGGAUGCUUUACCAAUGUUGAUAGCUAAAGAACAAAUUCGUUAAUCACUGUUACAUUUGUUGACUUGCACAUUUGUCUUCAGCUGCACACUACUAAUACUAACCAAUACCCAAUGUUGUUUCCAGUAACUUGCUACAAAUCAGGAUGCAGCCAUAUUUUUAAUAGUUUAGUCAUGGAUUUGUCAGUCUGAGACAAUGACUACUUUAAAGCCCAAAUCAUCCCACCAGGAUGCAAAAUGGCAGGUGUGACAGCUCAGAAAAACAGGUUUUAAAGUAAACAAACCAAAAAGAAUAAAAAACCAAAUUGCUAAAAUUGCUUUCAGAUCCUAAGCUGGCAUUUUGAUUGGAAUUUGUUAUUUUCUAGAUGUUAUCUGGCCAUUGAAACACUUUGCAUUUUUAUCUUUGAUGAUAGUGUAAACACUGAAGAUGGGUCAUUUUCAGGCUAAGUAAUUUGAUCUAAAAAAGUCACAUUGAAAUGUGUGUAACUGUAGUCGGCGUUGAUGCUCGCCACCAUGCUGGUGUUCUGCUGAGUCAAUCUUGCCCUACUAAGUAGUGUCUUCAGAUGAUCGCGUGUCCUCUGUGAAAAGCAUUUUUAGUUUUUAUUUAUCUCCUGGUUAACAGACAGUUUUGCAAGAAAGAGGCACAUGCAGUUUUUGUCAAGCUGCCUUACACACCACAGAUCCAGUACUGGUGUCUUUGUUGUUUUGUUUCAUUUGCAGCACUUCCUUGUAUUGUUGCAGUGGUAAAUCUGUCUUUCUGGGAUUUGUGUCUCAGUUAAUCAGAUACAGAUACUCUUAUUAUGUGCCAGCUGUAUGUAACAUUGUUUUCACUACUCACAUCUUGCUAUUAUUUUGUAUUGUAUGAAGGAACAGUCAGUAGCAUUCCCCGUGAGUUAUGUUGUCACUGUGUACCGCCUUGGUAACUGUGACAAGCAGACCUGGUGAUGUUACAAAGGCUUCGGUGAAGGCUGACGAUACAGGAAUUUCUUCACUCCUAUAGAUGAGAUUAUGUAAUUAAUCAGUUGGUUGAAAGUUUUUUUUUUUUAAUGCUUUCGUCCGUAAUUUGUAAAUGUAUUGUACAGCGAAUAACUAUGCAGUGUAAUAAGAGGCCCUUAACUAUACGUCUUAACUCAUCCGAUUAGGUUAAAAUGCCUUUCUUUUUCUUAUUGUUUACACAUAUUUGCUAAGUUGGAAAACUGGAGCUCAAAAAUUUAGCUACCUUAUAAACUGCAUGACAAAAUUAUUUUUACAAAUUAAGAUGUCGCUUACACUGACAUAAGAAUGCAUGCAUGCACAUAGCAUGUCGGCUUGUGCAAGCAACAUACUGGGUCACCAGCUUUCCUUUGAGCUUGUGCAAGGCAGACUCUGACUAGGGAGGAUUGUGCUCGCUUCAGAUUAAAUUAAUUGUACCGCUGAUGACCCCAAACUUUGACCAGAUGGUCCCGGGUUUGAACUACCAAAAUGUUAUCUUCAUUCCGAGGAAAUCCUGGCAAAGGUUUUCAGGUUUAAAUGGGAGAAGCUAACCUUGCUGUUCAGUUAGGUUAAAGGCUGAAUUAUUAAGCUUCUGGUAUUAUACUCAAAGUAGACAAUUUAGUGAUAGUUAUAGUUCAUUUUGAAGCCAAAAUUCAGUUUUAUACUAUGUAAUGUUCCGAUUUUUGAAUCCCUCAUACUUGAUUAUAUAAAAUGAUUCACCAUAGGUCAACAGCAGAAGUACACUGCAGAUUGCAUAGUGCUUGUAGAGUAUUGUGAGAAGCAGUUUUGUGUGUGCUAGGUAUAUAAGCUGGUAAAUGGAUGCCUUUAUGUGUCACUGCAUCGCAGUUUAAGGCCUGCGUAGAAGUUCUACUCCUGUAGUUAUUUUUUGAUCAGCAUUAGGCAAAAUGUUGUUUGGGCACUACUAACUGUCGGUAGACACAUUUGAACUUUGACAGACAACUUAUUUUCUAAAUAGGAAUCUUGGCAUUGGCUCUACUGGAUGUUUCAGCGCUUUGGUAAAUAGCUUUUUGUGAUGAUAUAAAAGUCAUGACAAUUUAAGGACGUUUUGUGUUUUUGUAUUAAUGCAAAAUACGACAGUAGUUAAGGAUAAUGGUCAGAAAUACUAGACAUGACAUGCCAUAAUUAGUUUGGAGACUGACAAAACUGACAACCUUGCAAUAAAAAUAUGUGGUGAGCUCAGAAGGUACCCAUACUAUAAUAAUCUUUGCUUGGAGAUAGACUUGCUAUAAUUGCUAUUUAUGCCUGUCAUAGUUGGGAGUCUUGUUGUGAGUAUAGAUCUAACAUGCAUUAUUUUAUACAUCAUUCUUAUUCUCCAGAUGAUCCCAGGAUUGCGGUUAGAGUGAUUAAAGUAGUUUAAUAUGAAUUUGUGGGGAAAAAACACUCCAUUAGUUAAGACCGUUAUUUAAUAGAUAAAAGUUUCCAUCAGAUUCUGUUGGCUGAAGUAACCGAAUGAUUUCAAAUGCAUUAUAGGUUCUAUGUAGCCAUAUAUCAGUACAGUUAACUUGGCCUUUUGUUAUUGAGGUAGAAUUUGUGAUUAAGGUGUGUUUGGUUUUUCUGCUUAGAGAUGCUUUCAUCAGUCGAUUUGAAGGGUAUUUUGUGACAAUGUGUGGUAAGCUAAAUAUUUUCCCACCGGAAACAAUUUUGUGAAAGCAAAUGAACUUGUUGGUAAGUUGUCGUUGAUAUGUUUGACAUGCUGUGUUGAAUUCACUUUUGUAAUGACUCUUGGACUUAUGAAAUGAAUUGCCUUAUCCUUUCCCCGACUGAUUUACUUUAAAUCUCGCCAGCGAUAUGGGAAAACAAUUUAUUGACUCACUUUAAAUUGCCCUUCACUUGCCUCUCACUUCCUCUGAGGCAAGAUCCAUUUGGAUGUUGUAGUUGGUUAUGUAUGCUGGUGGUGAUGGAGUUUUAGAUAUCAGAAUAAUGCCUUGAUGCCUUUUUGUUGUCUUCCAUUUGGGAGGCUUACAGUGUAUAUAUUAAACUGUAUUCAUAAAUAAACUAAAUAAACUGUUAAUAAUGA